UGGAAUGACAGACUAAAAGUUACUUCAAAGUUGGCAUCAUUGCAAGAUCUCAACAAGAAAGUAUUUUGUAAACUGGAAAAAUCCAAUCACAUGAAGGGAGAGGCUACACCUCACCACACCUGUUUUACCUGCCCCACCUCCAAACGUUGUCAGCUUGGGUAUUUGAGCAACAAGUGAUUGGUGUGAGGUGGCACUUCAACCUUUACGAACCUCGGGUGUCUUUGCGUUCAUCUUUUUUUCAGGCUGAACAUUGAAUCCACAAUAUUAAAUCCAUAAAUUCAAGUGGGGCCUUCAAAGAAAUCAACCUUUUUUCUGCGCACCAGAUGGCUUCAGCUUGGCCAGAGGAUGACAGCUUUGCCUGUUCAGUAUGUCUGGAUACCCUGAAAGACCCUACCACUCUUCCAUGUGGGCACUCGUACUGCUUGGUGUGCAUCCAACGCCACUGGGACAAAGGAAGCGCCAAGGGUCAGUACAGCUGCCCUCAGUGUAGACAUGUCUUCAACCCUCGGCCCUCUCUGGCAAAGAGCACAGUGCUCGCAGACGCUGUGGAGAAGCUAAGAACCAACAGCCUCAAGAAAAGCGCCUCCACAGCGGCCUCAUCGGCCCCACCGUCGAUGCCUAUCUAUUUGGAAGUCCUUCCUCACAUAGGGCCGAGAAAGGGCAGUGUUUACCCGCAGCUUCCCUCAGUGGAGCCCAGAGCGUGCCCUCAGCACAACCAACCCCUGAAUCUUUUCUGCCAUGAAGACAAAGAGUGUGUGUGUGAAGUGUGUUCCCAACAUGGACACAGGGGACACCGUGUGGUAAUCGCACAACAAGAAAGAAAAGCAAGACAGACGGAGCUUGUUCAAAUGCAGGCAGAAAUCCAGAGAAGAAUCUAUGAAACAGAAAGGAAGCUGAGAGAGCUCCCCCAUGCUGCUCAACAACACAGAGCACAGGUGCAGGCUAUGGAGAAGGAGAGCUCAGAUUUAUUCUCUGAGCUGGGUAAGAGCUUGGCUCUAACAGGCACCCAAGUUGUGGGGCUCCUUGGCUCCCACGAGACUGUCUUGGGGAGUGAUGUUGAGGGGCAGAUCCAGGGACUACAACAGGAAAUGGCCCAGCUCCAAAGGAAAAGUGAGGAAGUGAGUGGUCUGGCCGACAUACAGGACAACGUUUGCUUCUUGAAGAAUUUUUUCCUUGCCGAGCCACUGGAUCAGAAAAGUACCACAGGAGAGUCUAACGUCAUUCAGGAGGAGGCAAUGGUAGCUUCCAUCCGCUCCACCAUGAAAGAGCUACAGGAGUCGAUACAGGAUCUCUGCAAAGCUAGCGUAGCCAAGAUUGCCAAGUUAGUAAAUCUUGAGGUUGUUGGCUCGACACCAAACGGUGUGUCAGCUGAUAAAGAUGCAACUCUUCCGGAAUACUGUGAUCAGGCCUCUGGACAAAGUACAGUGAAUGAAGCUCUGAUGAGAACCCUGUCUUUACCGCCACCAAGACCUCAAGCAGCGGAACCCUCAGGCCCCCGAGGCACCAUGAGUCUUCGAGAUCCUGUGGUUCACUUUUCUGCUUUUUGCCACUCUCCUAAUAUCCGUCCAUAUGAAGCCUCGGCCCCCCCUCCUCCCCUACCUCCUCCUCGUCCUCAAGCAUCAGGAACAUCAACAGUUGGACUGGUGAACCCAGAGCCACAAACUAGAGAAGAAAUGCUCAAAUCAUACAAUAUCAGUAUUGGUGUUGCUCAAAAAGAGAUGGAACGUAAGAGUUCUGAUGACAAAAGCCGUUUCGGCCAUAAUGAUCUAUCCUGGAGCCUGUAUUGGUCCGGGACUGGCUUCACCUUCUGGCAUGACGGGCAGCAAAAACUCCUGGGUUCACCCAAGGCCAGAAGAAUCGGAAUCUAUCUGGACCAGCAAGUGGGUAUUCUGAGCUUUCACAGCAUCUCCAACAACCGGGCCACCCUUAUCCAUCGGCACCAGACCCAAUUCACCGGCCCGGUCUACCCAGGGUUCAGGUUAGGGGCAGCAGUGGGGGAAAAACUGACCAUUUGCCAGUUGGAUUGAGUUUAACAUAACUGUUGGGUUGUUUUUGUUUCUCUCAUAUGACCUGCUUGUGUUGAUGAUUUCACAAAUAUCUUGUUCUAUGACACAAAAACAAAAAAAUGUUAGAACAGCUUGUUCCCAUAUUGGUCUUUGCAUGCCCCAUGGUGUUCACAUGACUUUUUGUUUUUUUAAACUUCAAAGAAAAUUAAAGGAAAUUAAUCACGC